GUGAACAUUGACCAAAACAAUUACGCAUAACAUCACAGCAUCGCAUACUUACCCCAGGUAGUGUUUAAUUUGCGUUGGGGACUGGACUUUGUUAGUCGAUGUUAUCUAGGUAAAGCUAGCUAGCUAGACUAACGUUAGUUAACAAUGGCUGGGAACUGUAUGCUUUUUCACACUCAAAUAGCCUCCAUCAUGGAGGUGCUAUCGAAUGCAGCCGUGUCAGAGAUCUGUAAACUCGUAGACGACGACUAUGCAGUGUUUCGUUUGGAAAUAACUCAAAGCCAGAAAGAAAACAGGGGAUUGCGGAGGAAACUACAGCUACUCGAACUGAAGGUGGCACGAGAGCGCGUCCUCGCCAGUCGUCCCAGUAGUGUCAAGAUCCUUGACGGAUACAGAGGAAUCGUACGAGGUGAAGGACAUCUCACUGGAGGCUACAGGAGCUUUGUGAAGCCAGCGGGACACAAUACAUGGAGAGAUGAACAACCAAUCACUGUUGAUGAGGGGAGUGGAACCUCAACCCAGCACGUUAUCAGGAUAGAGUCUACAGAGGCUGCAGGUCCUGGAGGAUUGUCUCUGGUGAAACAAGUGAGGAAUGAAGGAGUGGACCCACAACACAGCAGAAGCAUCCCUACUGGUGCGGAGGACCUAUCCACCAACACUGCGACCCAGCCCAGGACCCGAUGCAGCAUUAUGGAGUCAGUAGACAUGGAGGAUGGGAAGCCUGACCUGCUGCUGGUAAAAGAGGAGACAGUAGAAGACAGACCAGAGAGCAUUGACCUGCUGAGUGGACUAAAGAUGGGGGAGCAGGGUGGUUGGCUGGAGGCAAACAGAAGAGACUGGGCAGCCAUCUUUGAUUCCUAGACCCAGACCAAUGCAGCCACGUGCCCAGGGGACAACAUAACUGAGCAGGCCAGGACCAGAAGCGACACAGGGGAGGUCAGUGGAUGGGACAAAGUCCUGGGGAAUGACACUUAACCACAACCAGAAACAGACAGCCGAACACAAAACAACAUCCAAACUUAAGUCUCCAUGAUAACAGACUGGCUGUGACCAGGACAAGGAGUAGAUUUGAUCUUCGGGGACAGGGAGGUGUUCCUAUGGAGGGGGAGAGAACAGAUACUGACCUGGCUAGCAAUGCUCCGUCCUACUCCUAUAGUUGUGAUUCAGAGAGACUAAUGGCACCUCAGGUUAACCCCCUAACAGGUGCUGCCUUCAGCCUGCCUUCUAUAGGAUCUAUCAAGUGGAACAUGGACCCUGCGACAACACAGACACUCCCAGGCCUUCGUCCUCCUCACACUCUCCUUAAGUUAAACUAGACCUCAGACAAUGUCUGUCCUUCAACACUAAAUGGCUGCCCAUUUACAAAUGACAGUAGUAGAGAGAGAAUCAGAAAUGGUGGCCGCACCAAAGAGACUUCCAAGCACUUCAAUUCCACAAAUCAGGUGGAGAUCUACCAGAGGAUGACCACAGGGGAGAAAUCAUUCGGCUGCCACCUGUGCCGGGCUGGUUUCUCCCACCCGUCCAACCUGAAGAGGCACCAAGAGGGUUCACACAGGAGAGAAACCCUACAGCUGCCUCCAGUGUGAGACGAGGUUCUGAAGGUCCACACGGGACCUGUGCACACUGCGAGAAGUGGUUCUCAGAGAGGAGUUACCUCAGGAUACACCAACAGAAAAUGCACACGGCCCAUAUAUAAUGACAUGUAAUAUAAUACUAGUUCGUUUGUAGUUAAUUCUGUUGGUUUGGAUGUAGUGGGAAACUGGAUGAGGUGAACUGAGGAAAUAAUUAGUAUGAGGCAGAGUAGAUAUGGUGAUGGUGCCUGUAAAGAUGCUGAUGAUGAUGAUACUGGUGUCAGUGGUGGAAAAAGUACC